AUGGACAGUGCGAUAGUUGGAGAUCUCCCGGCAGCGGUUGUGGAACUUCACGACCGCCUCCAAUACUGUACUAACAUCCUUGGCGAUGCGACUACUUCGUUGGCCGGAGGCUACAAUGUGGUAGUAGAAAAUUUGGGACGUGUGCAGCAAAGCCUUGAUGCAUACAACGAGAUGCUCGCUCGUCUUGCUCAGGACAAUGCGAAUCUACACACGGAGCUUGAGCAGACGCGCAUCCAGUUAGAGGAGACCAGAGCCAUGAGCCAGGCACCGAAGCUGGGCCCGCAGCAGUGGCAGGCCCAGGUUGAGGCCCACAUCAUCAAGCUUCAAGGGGAAUUUGACGGCAUGGGCAACCUACAUCCUUCAGGCGUGGAGGGAAUGGGCUCCACGGUUCCGGUGGGUCCAUCAACACAAGAUGUCUUGGCACGGGUCGAAGAGCUCAGCCAGAUCGUGACCGAAAAUCAUCAGGUAACGAACCGCUUGAUUGAGGACACGAGGACAUCCGUUCGUGAGGUGGUGGAUAAACAAACCACCCUGGAGCAGGACUUUGACAAUCUGCAAUCUCUCUGCGAGUAUCACUUCAUGUACACACAGGAAAAAAAAGAACCUGUGAUGGCGGAGCCAGAAGUUGAUCAGUAUGAGCAAGAUUGGUGGCGGUGGUUCCCGACUUCCACCCCACCUGGCCUGGGAGGAGCAGCAGGCACUGUGGGCAAGAUUCACAGGCAAUACACUAUGGAAGAUGGAAACUAUUACAAGACGUCCCGAACAGGUCCGAAAUGUGUCCUCCUUCUGCUUCCAGCAGAUUUAAAGAACAGCGUUUUGGAGAGCAACGAGGAGGGUCAUCGCAUGAGAUCGGUGGAGCUCUUGGCGGGGGUGCUAGAAACACUCCAGCGAGGAGGUGUGGAAAAGAUGAUUGCAUUGCUUGAACAACAGUUUCAACUCCUCACGGCAGAUGAGCACGUGAAGGCGAGCAAGAACAGUGACCCGGAUCCUCAAGCUGCCAAAGGAAAGGGCAAGGGAAAGGCUAAGGAGGCCAGGCAGGCCCAGCGGGAGGUCAGGAGGAGUGCAAGGCAUGGAAGGCGGGAAAUUGUCGCUUGGGUGAUCGUUGCAAGUACAAGCAUGGAGAUGGUCGAAGCACAUCGAGCCAAGCAGCACCCACAAAAAGCAAUCCAAAGGCAGCCCCAAGUUCUAAAGCAGCAGCUAGCAAUCAGAAUGAAGAGAAUUUGGCGCAAGUCCGUGGCAUCGGCGGUGAGUGUGGCCAUGAUGGCACUGGGAGGCUCGGGCGAGGAGGAGAGCAACAUCUCUGGGUCAUCCAAUGAGGCUGAUUCCGGCGAUAACACGGAGAUUUCGGAAGGCUCGCAGAAUGAUUUGGAUGCCCUCGAGACGAAUCCGCAUCAGAUCACAUGGGCCGUUUGGUUCACAAUAGUACAUGGUUUGUUGGACGAGGAUGAGAACGGUUGCAUUCCCGUGGUAGAAGGAGUCGGCAUGUUGAAGUGUGAGACCACCCUUGUGCAGUGCGAGGACGGAGUUUGCAGGCCUUUCUUUGUCGUGUGGAUCGUCGAGAAUGAAACAGGCAAGGUGAACAAACUCACGACCUUUUGCAACUCGAUUCUGAGCCUGAAUGUCGCAUCAUGA